AAUCCACGCGGUCGAUGGUCAUUUCCUUGGGCUGCUACCUGUAUGUAUUUAUGUCUACAGGCACCCAAAUUUCCUCCCCCUCCCUUCUUCCGCCCCUCUCUCUCCUCUCUGUGUGUGUGUGUGAUCUUCUUCCUCUCUCUCUCUCUCUCUCUCUCUAAGCCCUCCUCGAGGCACUAAUAUCUUCUUGCUCUCUCUCUCUCUCUCUCUCUCUCUCUCACACACACACACACACACACACACACACACACACACACACAUGGUUUAGCCCCUAAUUUUAAGAAGCUGCACAGGCAGGCGCGGACGGGUGUCUUCUCUUCCCAGCUUGGUUACAGUCAUUCUUCCUAGAUCUCAAGAUCAUCAGAAAUGGCAACUGGAGAGAUAACCGAAGGGAGCAGCUCCAGCCCCGAACUACCAAAGAUAUUUUCAUUUCAGUCUCUGGAAGGAAUUACGAAUAACUUCUCCCGAAUAUUCUGUAAAGAUCCAUUUGGACCAGUUUAUAAGGGAACUCUGCCAGAUACUGACAAAGAGAUUGCGGUGAAAAAACUUGAGCAAAGCGCGGAAAUCCCACCUGAGGAUUUUGAGAAUAAGGUUCAGAGUGUUUAUGAGCUUAAACAUGAAAAUAUCGUAGAGUUGAUUGGGUUCUGCAAUCAAACACUACAGAUCACUACAGAAAGGUUACUCUGCUAUGACUUUGAUCCUAAUGAGAGCCUUCAACAGCAUCUUUUUGGGCCCAAAGCAACAGAUGGCUCCAAUUCGGCUGAUCCCAGUACCAACUGGGACACAUGUUUCAAAAUAGUCAAGGGGGUUUGCCAGGGUUUACUUUAUCUACACAAGUUAGAGGAUCCCAUUACCCAUAUGGAUCUUAACCUGAAUAAUAUAUGGUUGGAUAGAGCAAUGGUGCCCAAAAUUGCCAAUCUUGGACUCUCCAGAAUCUUUAGCGAAGAUCGGAUCAAAUACUACAAAGAGGAAUCACCAUACAUGGCUCCAGAAUAUCUAAACAGCACUGGCAUGUCGGUCUCAAUAGACAUAUAUAGUUUGGGGGUAAUGAUGAUCCAAAUCACCACAAGAGAGGAGAACAACGACAAUCUGGACAAGGCCUCAAGGAUAUACAUUAAAGAUAUACGGAAAAGGUGGACAGCAGAGCACAUAGCAUCCGUGUACUCAUCGCUUGAUUCAGAAUGCCUCCAUCAAGUACAUACAUGCAUAAAAACAGGGCUAGAGUGCAUGCAGAUUGAUCAGAAAAAUAGGCCUUCCAUAGAUGUAAUUGUUGACAGGCUCAACACAAUCUGAAAAAACAAGAGGUAUUGAAGCAAAGAGAGGCCUGUUUUGGGUUGAUUUUGUUUCAGGAAAAUGCGGAGAAGGCACUUGGCACAUUAUUUGAAGGCCACGUUUCAGAAAUCCUUUAUCGAAUAGACUCUUGUGUAUAUUAAAUCUGUACUGGUAUAUGCCCUAAAAAAACAUGCCAUGUUCAGUUAUGUUUGUAUCAUUUUAUAGUUAUAAAAAACAAACUGGCACAUACUUACAUUUGAACUA